AUGUCUGCUCCCGCCAACUGCACGCUCGCGACAUGCUCGAUCAAAGAGUACGGGCAGAUCGACUACAUCCCCACCCUCGUCGGCAACGCCAUCUACACGGGCAUCUUCGGCUUCUUGCUGCUGCUCCAGGUCUUCUUGGGAAUUCGGUACCGGACAUGGGGGUUCCUGGCGGGCAUGGCGUGCGGGAUCGUGCUCGAGGUGGUGGGCUAUGUUGGGCGGCUGAUGCUGAACGCCGACAUCUUCGACAAGAACGCCUUCAUCGUCUACCUGAUCGGCCUGACCAUCGGCCCGGCCUUCCUGACAGCCGCCAUCUACCUGUGCCUGAGCCGCAUCAUCACCAUCCACGCGCUGGAGCUGAGCCUGCUGCAGCCGCGCACCAUCGCCGCCGUCUUCGUCGCCUGCGACUUUGUGUCCUUGCUCCUCCAGGCCACGGGGGGCGGGAUCGCCGCGAGCGCCACCGACAACGACAUGAGCCAGGUGGGCGUCGAUGUCAUGAUUGCCGGACUGGCGUCACAGGUCGUGUCUCUGGCCAUCUUCAUGGCCCUCUGUGGGCAUUUCGCGUGGAAGGUCUACAAGAACCCCAACAAGCUCAACCCGGAGCACGCGGCCCUGCAAAGGACGCUGCGUUUCAAGGGCUUCUUGGUCGGCAUCGCCAUCGCCGUCCUCACCAUCACGGCGCGUUCGUGCUACCGGCUCGCUGAGCUGCAGGACGGCUUCAGUGGCGCGCUCGCCAACAACGAACUGGUCUUCAUGAUCCUCGAGGGCCCCAUGAUCAUCACAGCCGUCGUGGCCCUGACGGUCUGGCACCCCGGCGUCGUGCUGGGCGCCCGGCUGUGGGCCGACGCCGGCUUCCACGGCAAGCAGUCCACGACCACGACCACGACAGCGGACCAUCUGGGCCACUACAAGGAGGUCAUCGACAGCAGUGCCGAGCAGAUUGUUAUGCCGUCGCUUCCGUCUCAGGUAUGA